AAGAUGCAUGCCCUCCUGCUGCUGAGCUGUUUAGUCCUCGCUGCAACAGAUCACUUCCUUGCCUCCGCACACAUGAUCCCUGAUGAGAGUCUCACCACAAAGAGCGUUGUGUUAUCUCACGCUCUGUCUCAAAGCCUUGACAUAGCCCCCCCUCCUGUUGUUAUUGUAGAAUUGCCAAAAACAGUGAAGAGGAACAAGAAAACAAAGAAACAAAAAAAGAGAAAGAAGAAGCGACCUCGUCCUCCUUCUAACUGCAUUCCCCUGGGGGGAAGCUGUAAAUCUUCAAACAAUGUGUGCUGUGAUUUCUGUGCUUUCUGCCAGUGUCGGCUCUUCAGAACUGUCUGCUUCUGUCGGAUGGGAAACCCAAGCUGCUGAAAAGCCAGCUGCAGACUAACUUAGCUCCAGCUAUCAAAGCGAAACUUUAUACCAAAGCAAGCCAGUUGAAGUCAACAGCAUGACAGGUGAAUAACUUCUGGGCCUUGGUUUGGUAAUCUCAGAAUCUAUAGGCUAUCGGUCUGACGACAGUUACGGUGUUGCCAGCGGAUAUUGGAAUUCCGGAUCCUGACUUCUUCCAUAGUUCGCCAGUCAUCAUUGACAGUCAGAUUAGGACCUUGAGAGCAGGUGUUUUAGGUCCAUACGACAUUUCAAUUAAUCUAUAUGAACAGAUAUCUACGUAUGAAUGCUGAUGAAUGAAAUAAAAAAGCUAAUCAAAGUCUAAAUUGUCCUCAGAAAAAUAGCCGAUGGGUUGCGAAAUGUCAUCCAAUUUGUUCUGCCUCUCUCCACACGGACUGUUUGCAACCAACGCUCGCUCAAACAUGAUUGGUCAACACUUCUUGGACUGCAAACAGAAACCAGAAGGCUUCUGGUACUGAAGUCUCAUUGGCGACAGAUUCUGAAUUCAUAUGCAGAUAUCUUUUUAUAGAGAUUAUUGGUUUAAAACAUUGCAUAAAAUUCACUGCAUGAAAGCACUUUAUUUCAGAAGACGGCCACACAGUGAACUUUCCUAAACUCUUUCAGGAUGUACUGCUUGUAGGAAUGUUAUGACACUCACAAACCUUUAGAUUUUUAUUUUACUCUGAGCUUUAAGCACUCAAACAGAAAUACAUGA